AUGUCUUUAAAGAUUGAGGUGGAGGUGGUGAAGGGCGCUGGUUCUCUGUGCCACAGCUGCGCCCAGAAGAAGACGCAGGCCGAGAAGAAGGAGGCCGAAAAGGCGGCUGCGGCGGGUGGCGUUCCGCCGGUCGUCGAACCUGCUGCUGCGGCUCCAUCGGGUGACGUUCCGCCGGUUCUCCCACGUGCUUCUGCCUUGUUCGUGUUCGGGAAAGCCACGGACCCCCAGUACCAGCAGGAGAUCGUCCACGUUCCCGUGAGCGACAUCCAGGAGCGCCACCAUCACAUAGAGGUGGAGCAGGUCGUGGAGGUCCAUGUGCCGAUGCAGAAGGAGGAGGUGGUCCAGGUACCCGUCGCCAUCCGACAGAAGCGUGUGGUGCACAAGACGGUUGAGACGAUGGUUGAGGUUCCGGUGCCUGUGACACACGAGGAGAUCGUUCAUGUGCCAAAGGUCGUCAACCAGUACAGGCAUCACCACAAUGAGGUUGAGCACAUCAUUGAUGUGCACGUCCCGCACCACAUCGAGGAGACGGUGCACGUCCCCAAGGUGGUCCGCCAGGAGCGAAUCGUGCACCAGACGGUUGAGCAGAUUGUCGAGAUCCCCGUGCCCGUUGUUCAAGAGCAGAUCGUGCACGUUCCGAAGAUCAUCACGCAGGAGCGGAGCAAGGUUGUGCACGUCGAGCACGUCAUUGAUGUGCCCGUGCCGCAGACGGUCGAGGAGAUCGUGCAUGUGCCCAUCGUGCACACCGAGGAGAAGCUCGUCCAGAAUGAGGUCGAGGUCACAGUGGAGGUGCCAAGGCCGAUCAUCCUGGAGAAAACCGUCGAAGUGCCGAAAGUGGUGAUCGAGGAGACAAUUGUCAGAGUGCCCAAGGUCACACAGACGGUUCAGCAUGUGACCGUUCAGGACCAGGUCCAGAAGAUUGAGGUGAUCAAGCCGCAGAUCCUGCAGAGGACGGUGCAGCGGAAGAAGCCCAUCAUCCAGGAGAACAUCACCGAGGUUCCCAAGGUGGUCAUCGAGCACGUGCCGGUGGAGAAGGUUGUCAAGAAACCGAUCGAUGUGCCUCAAGUUCAGUACGUCGACAAAAUCGUGGACGUUCCCAUCACCAAGCAGAGGCACGUGCCCGUCAUCCAGAAGGUGCCGAAGACCGUGGAGGUCCCUGUUUUGGAGUAUGUGGACCACCACGUCCAUGUCCCGGUACAGCGGCACGAGCAUGUCCCUAUCGUCCAGACCAUCCAGAGACACGUGGAGGUUCCGACGAUACAGUACGAGGACGAGGUGGUUCCCGUGCCCGUGCAAAAACAGGUGCACGUCCCCAUCAUCCAGAAAGUGCCGCGGAUAGUCGAGGUACCUCAGGUAGAGUUUGUGGACCAUCACGUGCACGUUCCAGUCCACCGUCAUCGCCACGUGACAGUGGAGAACCGCACACAGAGGACGGUUGAGGUGCCUCAAAUCGAGUGGAUCGACAAGGUCGUCGAAGUACCUGUGCAAAAGCACGUGCAGGUGCCGAAGACCGUUACUGCCUCUUGUUACUCCUGGUCUAGCCAUCAUUUCUACGUAUCAUUUGCCAUCAGGUUGAUCGGCCCGUCGAGGGAGAUCCAGGUGAUCCGCAAACGUCACCUGAAUGGCAAAGCCUGCAGAAGCUCCGAGAGCGUUCCAAAUGUCGGGACCAUUGUUCUGGCGCCACUCAAAGCUCAGGACCACCCAGACCCACGCAGCCACAUUUGGGACAGCAGGUGCUUUGAGGAGAUGCUGCGAGGAGAAGAGAAUUGUGUAGUGCAGGGCGGGGAAUGGACGGUCACCUCCGCGGUGGUGGCCCUGGGUCGCGACAGCCGAUGGGCCGAGGCGCUGUUGGCGGCCUUGCGGUCUCCGAGCGUACAGCUCCAUGUCAUCUGCUUGGGUGCGGCAGCUUCGGCCUGCGCCAAAGGCCGUCGCUGGGCCGAGGCAGCAAAGCUCUUGGAUUGCUGCAGCCAAGCGCAGCUUGAGACCAAUGUGGUAAUCGGCAGCGCCGCGCUGAAUGCUGUCGUGACCGAGUGGGCCAAGGCCUCCAGGCUGUUGGGUAGCCUGCGCGAUGUGGGGCUGGAGCUUACCACCUACUGUUGCAACAGCGUUCUCCCGUGUUUCGAGCUUACUCGCUGGGCAAUGGCCCUCUCCUUCCUGGAAGAAAUGAGGAGAGAGCAUCUCACGCUGGACACCGUGUCGGUGAAUUCUGCGGUUGCUGCGGCUGCAGGCGCAUGGCCGCGGGCGCUGUGUUUGGCCGCUGCCUCGCGUGAAGACUCGGAUGUCAAAACUUUUGGUUCUGCUAUCAACGCUUGCGACGCUGGCGGACGGUGGGAGGCUGCCAUCUCUCUGCUUGCUGAGACCACCUUGAUGCGACUCGCGGUGAACAGGGUGCUGGUCCGCUCGGCUGCGGCAACGUGUGAAGCACCCGGCAAGUGGGAAGCGGCGACAGACCUGUUGCGUCAUGCGGUCUGGUCGGGCCUUGCCGAUGUGCUAGCCUACACCGUGGCGCUGGGUGCCUGCGGAUCCGCCACUCAGUGGGAGCGGGCGCUCGCGUUGCUUGCAGAGGUCAACCCCCGUGACCUUGACUUGGUGGCCUUGAGCGCAGCGAUCGCGGCCUGCGGCCAACGUUGGCAAGUGGCAGGUGCCCUCCUCUCCUCCGCAAGGUCCUUCUCCUUGGAGCCCGAUACUGUCUGCAUCAAUGCGGCCAUCAGCGCUUGCGAGAAUGCUGGAGUCUGGGAGCACGCCGUCUCCCUGCUGUCCUCACUUUGGAGAAGGAGAGCCGCCAGCGUCUUGAGCUUCAAUGCGGCCAUGAGCGCUUGUAAGGCUCAGUGGAGGCACUGCCUGCAACUCUUCAGCGACAUGGCCCACGGAAGCCUUCACGCGGACGCCGCGACCUUCAAUGCGGCAGCCAGCGCCUGCGAGCAGGGCAUCCAGUGGCAGCGCAUCCUCUACUUGCUAGAGGAGAUGGAGAUGCGAAGGAUCACGAAGGACGUGGCCACCUUCACUGCGGUUAUCUCCGCCUGUGCACGGGCGUCGGCCGCCGAGAGGGCUUCGGCGUUGCUGGAGGAAAUGGAGGCCCAGCAACUUCUUCCCAAUGCCGCCACCUACGCCGCUGCAGCGCUCGGGCGCUGCCAUCUGCCACGGCGGGCGUCCGACGGUCUCGUGCGCGCGGCCAUGGACGACCUGCAGCUGCUACGAGCAAAACGUGUAGAGGUGCCUCAGGUCCAGAUCGUGGACAAGGACAUCGAGGUGCCCAUCCCGGUUCAUCGCCACGUGCCUCUCAUCCAGAAGGUUCAGAAGCAUGUGGAGGUUCCGGUGAUAGAGACAAUCGAGAAGGUCAUCGAGGUGCCCGUCGUAAACCAAGUGGACAUUCCUCAGAUUCAAACGGUCGAGAAGAGGGUGGAGGUGCCAAUCGUGCAGAACGUGCAGAAGGUCGUGGAGAUCCCCGUUGUGGGCGACACCGUCCAGGGCGAUCAACAGCGAACUGCCGUCGAACUACCUCCGCUGCGGCAGGAGGCGUCCCUUGAGAUCGCCACGGAGGUGGUGCAAGGACCGCCGAUGCCCACGGAGUAUGUUCAGGGACUCCGAACACAGGGCGACGCCCUGCCUGUGCAGCCCGCAUCAGCACAAACCAUGCCUCUCUCCUCACGGACGUUGUCGCCCCAGCCUCUAGCAACUGCGCCUUUGUCGAUGUCGCCCAUGCCAACCGCGCCUAUGUCGAUGUCGCCCAUGUCGCUUGGUGCUCCUUCCUCAUCGGGGGUGCCGUCGGUGACGCGGCUGCCUCCAGCGAUGGGAGCGAUGGGAACGCUGGGAACUGGCUUGUGGGCGAAUAGCCCCAGCAUCGUCACGGCCUGCAACAGCCCGAGGCAGUGCAUGACGCCAGUCUUGUGA